CUCGUCCAAUUGGUCCGCCUUCUCGUCAGUAAGGGCGGAGAGGGGAGGGCGCCGGAUGGAACAUUUCCCGCCACCGAGAGACGCCGCGCGGAAAACCCGGAAAAGAAGCAGCUCUCGAUUGGAUGCUCGAUGCUGUAGCGUAAGAAAAUCAGCCAAUCGGAAUGUACAGACGCUCCACGAUACCCCGCCCCCUCCUCGAGGUUACUUUUCUUGGCGGGAAAAGUUGGGAAGUUUUCGCGCCGGGGUGUCAACCGAAGGAACUCCGCGCAGAAAUACCCGGGCGGCGAGCAUGGCGGGGACCGUGGUGCUGGACGAUGUGGAGCUGCGAGAGGCGCAGAGAGACUACCUGGACUUCCUGGACGACGAGGAAGACCAGGGAAUUUAUCAGAGCAAAGUUCGGGAGCUGAUUAGUGAUAACCAGUACCGGUUGAUUGUCAACGUGAAUGACCUGCGUAGGAAAAACGAGAAGAGGGCUAACCGCCUGCUGAGCAGCGCCUUUGAGGAGCUGGUGGCCUUCCAGCGGGCUCUGAAGGACUUCGUGGCCUCCAUUGAUGCUGCGUACGCCAAGCAGUAUGAGGAGUUCUACAUAGGCUUGGAGGGCAGCUUCGGCUCCAAGCACGUCUCUCCUCGGACCCUUACCUCCUGCUUCCUGAGCUGUGUCGUCUGUGUGGAGGGCAUUGUUACUAAAUGCUCUCUAGUUCGUCCCAAAGUCGUCCGCAGUGUCCACUACUGUCCUGCUACCAAGAAGACCAUAGAGCGACGUUAUUCUGAUCUCACCACCCUGGUGGCCUUUCCUUCCAGCUCUGUCUAUCCCACCAAGGAUGAGGAAAACAAUCCCCUUGAGACAGAAUACGGCCUUUCUGUCUACAAGGACCACCAGACCAUCACCAUCCAGGAAAUGCCGGAGAAGGCUCCCGCCGGCCAGCUUCCCCGCUCCGUGGACGUCAUCCUGGAUGACGACUUGGUGGACAGAGUGAAGCCCGGUGACCGGGUGCAGGUGGUGGGGACCUACCGCUGCCUUCCAGGAAAGAAGGGAGGCUACACCUCGGGCACCUUCAGGACUGUCUUGAUUGCCUGUAACGUGAAACAGAUGAGCAAGGAUGUUCAGCCUUCCUUCUCUGCUGAAGACAUAGCCAAGAUCAAGAAGUUCAGUAAAACCCGCUCCAAGGAUAUCUUUGACCAGCUGGCCAGGUCGCUGGCGCCCAGCAUCCACGGGCACGACUAUGUCAAGAAGGCGAUCCUCUGCUUGCUGCUGGGUGGGGUGGAGCGAGACCUCGAGAACGGCAGCCACAUCCGUGGGGACAUCAAUAUCCUUCUCAUAGGAGACCCAUCGGUCGCCAAGUCCCAGCUGCUGCGAUACGUGCUCUGCACAGCACCGCGGGCCAUCCCCACCACCGGCCGGGGCUCCUCCGGUGUGGGUCUCACGGCCGCUGUCACCACAGACCAGGAAACAGGUGAGCGCCGUCUGGAGGCGGGGGCCAUGGUCCUGGCUGACCGAGGCGUGGUUUGCAUCGAUGAGUUUGACAAGAUGUCUGACAUGGACCGCACGGCCAUUCACGAGGUGAUGGAGCAGGGCCGAGUCACCAUCGCCAAGGCCGGCAUCCACGCCCGCCUCAACGCCCGCUGCAGUGUUUUGGCAGCUGCCAACCCCGUCUACGGCAGGUAUGAUCAGUACAAGACCCCCAUGGAGAACAUCGGGCUGCAGGACUCACUGCUAUCCCGAUUCGACCUCCUCUUCAUCAUGCUGGACCAGAUGGAUCCCGAGCAGGACCGGGAGAUCUCAGACCACGUCCUCCGAAUGCACCGCUACAGGGCACCCGGAGAGCAGGAUGGUGACGCUAUGCCUCUAGGCAGCGCUGUGGAUAUCCUGGCCACUGAUGAUCCCAACUUCAGCCCGGAUGACCAGCAGGACACCCAGAUCUACGAGAAGCAUGACAGCCUUCUGCAUGGGGUCAAGAAGAAGAAGGAGAAGAUGGUGAGUGCGGCGUUCAUGCGGAAGUACAUCCACGUGGCCAAAAUCAUCAAGCCGGUGCUGACGCAGGAGUCAGCUGCCUACAUCGCGGAGGAGUACUCACGCCUGCGCAGUCAGGACAGCAUGAGCUCGGACACCGCCAGGACAUCUCCAGUGACAGCCCGGACCCUGGAAACCCUGAUUCGCUUGGCCACGGCCCACGCCAAGGCCCGCAUGAGCAAGACCGUGGACCUGCAGGACGCAGAGGAGGCUGUGGAGCUUGUCCAGUACGCUUACUUCAAGAAGGUUCUCGAGAAGGAGAAGAAACGUAAGAAGCGAAAUGAGGAUGAAUCAGAGACGGAAGAUGAAGUGGAGAAGAGCCAGGAGGACCAGGAGCAGAAGACGAAGAGGAGGAGGACCCAUCCCUCGGAUGCCAAGGAAGGGGACUCCUAUGACCCUUAUGACUUCACCAACACGGAGGAGGAAAUGCCUCAGGCUCAGGCACGGAACGGCCAUCAGGGGCAGUCUGUGGGGUACACUGAUGCUCAUGGGCUCCGGCAUCGUUGUGGCAGCUUCCUCCUCCUUCACCCUCUCUCUCCCAUCCUGGGCAGGUUGAAGGCCUUCAAGGCGGCCCUCUUAGAGGUGUUCCGGGAAGCUCACGCACAAUCAGUUGGCAUGAGUCGCCUCACAGAAUCCGUCAACCGAGACAACGAAGAGCCCUUCUCCUCCACGGAGAUCCAGGCUGCGCUGAGCAGGAUGCAGGACGACAACCAGGUCAUGGUCUCCGAGGGCAUAGUCUUCCUCAUCUGAGGGCCCUCGUCUUUCGACCGUGGGGUCCAGCCAAGAACGUUCCUUCCAGUUUCCUCUUCACCCUCCCUCCAGCCCAGCCUUUGCCUUCAUUCCUUGAAUGUCAGUGUUGAAUUGAACUGAAGUGGAGGGUGGGUGACAAGCAGAGUCAGGACUCGGUAGAAGCCUGAGGACGGGUCAGGAAAACUGCCGUGGGGUCAAGAGAAGGUGGACGGGACCAAGGCAAUGCAUCUUCACUGCACAAGACUGGACCAUCCCCACUGCCGGCCCCAGACAAGCCACACCAUUUUUCACUGUAGACAGCACAACUUUGAGUAUGUUAGGGGGUCACAGCUUGUUUCUGUUCAUCCUUUCUGUGUUUGCUUCUGCCCCCCAGCAGUUUGGUCUAGAACAGACUCUGGUGGUUCUGUGCUGAUGGAGAAACUGAGGCAAAUCCUCAGGCCUAGAAAGCUUGCUUUGCGGUAGCACCAGUUAAGACUCAUGGAGUUUUGACCCAAACAUCCAAGACAUUUAAUAAACACUCAUGUUUUAUGCUCUCCAUGUGA